AUGUAUUGCACUUAACAUAAUAAUCAAGUAACAUUGAUAUGCAUAGCUCCUCAUUAGAAUUAUUGCUAAAGGAGACUUUGCUCUGAAUGCCAAGAUGAACAUAAAGUAUAUAGUCAAUACAUAUUUUCGAUUAAAAAAUUUUAAAAAUUGGUUGAUAAGAAAUUAGAGGAAUUAAAGCUAGAUAAAUUUACUGAAAUACAAACUUAAAGAAAGAAGUUUUAAUCAUUAAUUUCUGAGAACCAAAUCAGGCUAUAAAAAAUUUUGGUUGAAUUAUCAGAAUCAAUAUAAUAGAUUUAUGACGCAAUUGAAAGUGAAAAUACUUCUUAUUUGACAAUAAUAAAAGAAGGGAAUCCAAUAGAAUUAUCAAAUACAGAUUUCGAAAGAUUAGUCUAAAUUGUUAUAGGAAAAGCAUUAGAUGUAAGGAAAGAUUUUACAAAUUCUUUUUUGGCAAGCUUGGAAAAGAAGUAGAACUAGUUGGAGCAAGAAACCAAAGCCUUUUCAGAAACGUUGAAGAAGAAAAUGAUAGAGAAAAUAUCAAAGAUUUAGUAGGCCUAUAAUUCAGAAUUAAGGAUUUAACCUAUUUAGAUAAUAGAAUAAGGUUAUGAACGAAAAGAAAAUGUAUAUGAUGUAUUAGAAUUAACAAAAAAAAUUGAUGAAUAGUUCCUUAAAGGAAUUAUUAAAAAGGUAAGAAAAGAGAAAAUCACAGAUUGUAUAGAAUUUCUUAUAAAUCUAUGUAAGAAUAGUAAUAUGUAUAAACUUUAGAGAAAUUUUAUCACUAAUAUUAUUUAAAAUAUUGGUGAUAUUAACUUUAAUAAGGAAAAUUAUUCAACUAUAGAAUAUUAAUAAAUUAGAAAGGAUUUAAUUAAAUAAAUAGCAGGUGAUGGCAAGAUAGUCAAUUUUUUAAUGUUUCUUGUUCAACUCACUGCUGUUGACGAGAAAUUUAUUCAAUCUGGAUCUAAUUCACUCAAUUUAUUAGUAGAGAUGAAAGUAAAUAUGAAAGAACAAAACUUUGAAAAUAUCAGGAUUAAGGAUAGUUCUUUGAUAGGUGGAAAUUUUUUAAGAUGCAAUUUCAAUGGGUCCCAUUUUGAUAAUGUUGAAAUUAGUGGAGUGAACUUGAAUUAAGCCUAAUUAUUCAAUUGUAAAUGGAGAAAAAUAAAAAUUAAUGAGGAGGAAAAAAAAUUAGAUGGUCAUUUAAGUUAUGUUUAAUCAGUUUGUUUCUCUCCUGAUGGAACUAUAUUAGCAUCUGGUAGUUAUGAUGGCUCUAUUCGUUUUUGGGAUGUCAGAACUGGAUAAUAAUAAGCCAAAUUAAAUAGUCAUGGUGAUGAUUAAUCUCCUUUUGUUUGUUAAAUCUGUUUCUCACCUGAUGGUACUACAUUAGCAUCUGGUUGUUAUGAUAACUCUAUCCGUUUAUGGGAUGUUUAGACAUGCUAAUUAAAAGGCAAUUUACAAAAUCAUAAUGCUCCAGUUUAUUCAGUCUGUUUCUCUCCUGAUGGUACUACAUUAGCAUCUGGGAGUUAAGAUAAUUCUAUUUGUUUAUGGGAUGUUAAACUUGGAUAAAAAAAAUGCAAACUAGAAGGUCAAAAUCAUUAUGUUUAUUAUGUCUGUUUCUCUCCUGAUGGUACUAUAUUAGCAUCUGGGAGUGAUGAUAACUCUAUCCGUUUAUGGGAUGUUAGGGCUGGAUAAUAAAAAGCCAAAUUAGAUCAUUCAGAAGCAGUUAAUUCAAUUUGUUACUCUCCUGAUGGUACUACAUUAGCAUCUGGUAGUGAUGACAAGUCAAUCCGUUUAUGGGAUGUUAAGACAGGAUAAUAAAAAGCCAAAUUAGAUGGUCAUUCUGAUUGUGUAAGAACAAUUUGUUACUCUCCUGAUGGUACUACAUUAGCAUCUGGUAGUUNAAGCUUGGAAAAGAAGUAGAACUAGUUGGAGCAAGAAACCAAAGCCUUUUCAGAAACGUUGAAGAAGAAAAUGAUAGAGAAAAUAUCAAAGAUUUAGUAGGCCUAUAAUUCAGAAUUAAGGAUUUAACCUAUUUAGAUAAUAGAAUAAGGUUAUGAACGAAAAGAAAAUGUAUAUGAUGUAUUAGAAUUAACAAAAAAAAUUGAUGAAUAGUUCCUUAAAGGAAUUAUUAAAAAGGUAAGAAAAGAGAAAAUCACAGAUUGUAUAGAAUUUCUUAUAAAUCUAUGUAAGAAUAGUAAUAUGUAUAAACUUUAGAGAAAUUUUAUCACUAAUAUUAUUUAAAAUAUUGGUGAUAUUAACUUUAAUAAGGAAAAUUAUUCAACUAUAGAAUAUUAAUAAAUUAGAAAGGAUUUAAUUAAAUAAAUAGCAGGUGAUGGCAAGAUAGUCAAUUUUUUAAUGUUUCUUGUUCAACUCACUGCUGUUGACGAGAAAUUUAUUCAAUCUGGAUCUAAUUCACUCAAUUUAUUAGUAGAGAUGAAAGUAAAUAUGAAAGAACAAAACUUUGAAAAUAUCAGGAUUAAGGAUAGUUCUUUGAUAGGUGGAAAUUUUUUAAGAUGCAAUUUCAAUGGGUCCCAUUUUGAUAAUGUUGAAAUUAGUGGAGUGAACUUGAAUUAAGCCUAAUUAUUCAAUUGUAAAUGGAGAAAAAUAAAAAUUAAUGAGGAGGAAAAAAAAUUAGAUGGUCAUUUAAGUUAUGUUUAAUCAGUUUGUUUCUCUCCUGAUGGAACUAUAUUAGCAUCUGGUAGUUAUGAUGGCUCUAUUCGUUUUUGGGAUGUCAGAACUGGAUAAUAAUAAGCCAAAUUAAAUAGUCAUGGUGAUGAUUAAUCUCCUUUUGUUUGUUAAAUCUGUUUCUCACCUGAUGGUACUACAUUAGCAUCUGGUUGUUAUGAUAACUCUAUCCGUUUAUGGGAUGUUUAGACAUGCUAAUUAAAAGGCAAUUUACAAAAUCAUAAUGCUCCAGUUUAUUCAGUCUGUUUCUCUCCUGAUGGUACUACAUUAGCAUCUGGGAGUUAAGAUAAUUCUAUUUGUUUAUGGGAUGUUAAACUUGGAUAAAAAAAAUGCAAACUAGAAGGUCAAAAUCAUUAUGUUUAUUAUGUCUGUUUCUCUCCUGAUGGUACUAUAUUAGCAUCUGGGAGUGAUGAUAACUCUAUCCGUUUAUGGGAUGUUAGGGCUGGAUAAUAAAAAGCCAAAUUAGAUCAUUCAGAAGCAGUUAAUUCAAUUUGUUACUCUCCUGAUGGUACUACAUUAGCAUCUGGUAGUGAUGACAAGUCAAUCCGUUUAUGGGAUGUUAAGACAGGAUAAUAAAAAGCCAAAUUAGAUGGUCAUUCUGAUUGUGUAAGAACAAUUUGUUACUCUCCUGAUGGUACUACAUUAGCAUCUGGUAGUUAUGAUAACUCUAUCCGUUUAUGGGAUGUUAAGAUAGGAUAAUAAAAAGCCAAAUUAGAUGGUCAUUCAAGUGCAGUUAAUUCAAUUUGUUACUCUCCUGAUGGUACUACAUUAGCAUCUGGUAGUUCUGAUAACUCUAUCCGUUUAUGGGAUGUUAAGACAGAAGAAGAAACCUCAUCUUAAAAUAAUAGUUAUAAAGAUAUUUUAGCAUCUUUAAAACAUUCAACAAUUUCAAAUAAUGUUCUUCCAGAAAGUAGUAUUUAUUUUUCACUAUUCUUAGCUGCCCCUUAUAUUACAAUUCUAAAAAUUUCCUAGAAUCCAAAUUUAGAAGCUUAAGGAGCUCUAAUAUUGAAAGGAGAAUUUGCUGAUUUGAAAGGAUAAGAUUUAAAAUCAUUAUUUAAAUCUAAAGGUAGUUUGAUUUUAGAGAAUGAACUAAAAAUUAUACACAAUUGAUC